UCACUUCGUAGCUCCCAGGCUCCUUAUUCCUUAUCCUCAGCAUCACAAACGACGCCCAUAAUCCUCUAAAGCCGAUCCCUACGCUACCCCCGCCUAUUGGACCUUGUCACUGCAAGCUUGUACCUCAUCUCAGCACCGACUUCUUUCUUUUACAUCGACUUAUUCUUUUAUCCACCUUGUUUCUCGUCACUUUCCUUUUCCUCAACACUUUUGUUUUGCCUGUGUCAAACACUUAAGACCACAUCUUUUGCCUCUGUUUUGUCACCUGUCCUCUUCUCCCUCUCAGACUGUCUCCGAAUCCACCGCUUCGCCCUCCUCAUCUUGAUCUGCCCUUAUCUUGCUCGAAAUCAUGGCGACUCCGAUCAAGAAACGCAGGAUUGGUGUCAUGACCAGUGGAGGUGACUCCCCUGGAAUGAACGGUGCAGUCCGUGCAGUUGUUCGUAUGUCGAUUUACAGAGGUUGUGAAGCCUAUGCCAUCUACGAAGGAUACGAAGGUCUUGUCCAGGGAGGGGACCUGAUCAAAGAGAUGAAAUGGGAAGAUGUCCGUGGAUACCUAUCACGAGGAGGAACUUUAAUCGGCACCGCAAGAUGCAUGGCUUUCAUGGAGCGUUGGGGCCGUCUCAAGGCAGCCAAAAACAUGGUUGAACGGGGCAUUGAUGCUCUCGUCAUCUGUGGCGGUGACGGUAGUCUGACAGGAGCAGACAAAUUCAGAUCCGAAUGGCCAGGCCUCAUGAAGGAGCUUGUCGAGACUGGGGAAUUGACAGCAGAGGAGGUCGAGCCCUAUAAACAUCUCAACAUCGUCGGACUUGUUGGUUCGAUUGACAAUGACAUGUCUGGAACCGAUGCCACCAUCGGCUGCUAUUCUUCCCUCGAGAGAAUUUGCUCUGCUGUUGACGAUGUAUUCGACACGGCAGCUUCACACCAACGUGGUUUCGUCAUUGAAGUUAUGGGCCGCCAUUGUGGCUGGCUUGCUUUGAUGGCUUCCAUUGCGACUGGAGCUGACUUUGUCUUCAUCCCAGAGAAGCCUCCCCGUGUCGGUUGGGAAACCCAGAUGUGCGACAUCAUCACCAACCACAGGUCACGUGGUAAACGGCGGUCAAUUGUCAUCAUUGCCGAGGGCGCACACGACAUCGAACUCAAGAAGAUCACCGCCAACCAAGUCAAGGACCUUUUAACUGACCGGCUCAAGCUCGACACCCGUGUCACCGUUCUUGGCCAUACCCAGCGUGGAGGCCAGGCCUGUUCCUAUGAUCGAUGGCUGUCAACUCUGCAAGGUGUCGAAGCCGUCAACGCAGUCCUAGAUGCAACUCCCGAGACGCCCACCCCAGUCAUUACCAUUCGCGAAAACAAGAUCGAAAGGUCGAAUCUGAUGGAAGCAGUUGCCCUGACCAAAUCCGUGUCCGAAGCGAUCAAAAACAAAGAUUUUGACAAGGCCAUGAGACUUCGAGACGUCGAAUUCAAAGAAUAUUACAACAGCUACAUGAUCACCACCUCCACCGACCACCCCAAACUCAGGCUGCCAGAAGAAAAGCGGCGUCGAAUUGCCAUUAUUCACGUUGGAGCCCCUGCUGGUGGCAUGAACCCAGCUACACGGGCAGCUGUUGCGUAUUGCCUGACGCGAGGACACACUCCCAUUGCGAUUCAUAACGGGUUCCCAGGUCUGCAACGGCACCACGACGACAAACCACUAGGAUCGGUGCGAGUCUGCAAGUGGCUUGACGUGGACCCAUGGGUGAACGAGGGAGGUUCCGAAAUCGGCACUAACCGCGGGCUGCCCAGUAUCGACAUGAAAAAGACGGCCGAAUGCUUUGAGCUCUACAAAUUCGAUGCUCUCUUGCUCAUCGGUGGAUUUGAGGCCUUUACUGCGGCCAGCGAGCUCCGCAAAGCAAGAGCCCAAUACGACGCCUUCAAAAUCCCCUUGGUCGUGUUGCCAGCCACAGUUUCGAACAACGUUCCCGGAACCGAAUACUCGCUUGGCAGUGACACCUGCUUGAACACCCUGAUCAACUUCUGCGAUGCCAUUCGACAAUCUGCGUCAUCGUCGAGAAGACGAGUAUUUGUUAUUGAAACCCAAGGAGGCCGAUCCGGCUAUCUGGCAACCAUGGCGGGCCUGUCUGUGGGUGCAUUAGCCGUCUACAUUCCUGAAGAAGGCAUCAAUAUCCACAUGAUUGCACGUGACAUUGAGUUCCUGCGAGAGAACUUCGCCAAUGACCAAGGUGCGUCCAGAGCAGGCAAGAUCAUUCUGCGCAACGAGCGGGCGAGCUCAACAUACACGACACAAGUGAUUGCCGACAUGAUCAAAGAGGAGGCACGUGGACGGUUCGAAUCAAGAUCUGCGGUACCGGGCCAUUAUCAGCAAGGUGGUAAGCCAUCUCCGAUGGAUCGGAUAAGGGCCCUUCGAAUGGCCAUCAAAUGUAUGCAAUUCAUCGAAGACCAUUUCAUUGGCAAGUCCCCAACAGAAAUCGCCGAGGAUGAACUGUCAGCCUCUGUCAUAGGAAUUCAGGGGUCUGAAGUCGUCUUCACGCCGCUGGGUGGCGAGGAAGGCUUGGAAGCUACAGGGACGGACUGGGUGGAUCGUCGACCCAAGAAUGAAUUCUGGAUGUCGAUGAAGAGCACGGUAGACAUUCUCAGUGGACGGCCCAAGUCAACGGAUUGCUGCGAUGAAUGUGGCAAGCUGCUGACUGGAGAGCCUUUGGUCAAGGUGUUAUCCAAGCAAGUUGGUUGACGUGGGCGAGAUUCCAUUGGAGGUUACUGAUAGGCUUCCAAUACCUGAUAUUGAUCGUCAACUAGAUGGCAAGAACUUGGCAUGAAGUGGCUUAUGAUCCCGAGACCAUGAGAUCAUUGUGAAUUGAGUUGCAAGGAGUCAUGACUGGGUUCCAAGUAGCACAAGAUCUUCCAGCAGCGCUGGUACAUGCAGAUGUUAGGCUUUGACACCAAAAUAAAAUGCAAAGACUAGAAGAGUCUAGACGGGCGUUGAGAAGGUUGAGGCCUGAGGCUAGAUAUUUGAUACGGGUCCAUUUUUAUUUAGUUUGAGACCAACAUGUUGC